AUGGUUAGAAUCAAAAACUGUGCGCUGACGUCAGCCAACUCGGGCUUCAGCCCGGGCAAGACUUGCCCUUGGGCUUGCUCGGGCACGUGGGACCCACCACCAAACCGGGCUACGGGCCCUGCGCUGGAGCUGCCUUGGGCUCCCUCUGGCAGCCUUUCCCCCGGGCUGGGCUUUGCGCUGGAGAUGCUCUUAGGCCUUGCCCGGGCUCAUUGUUGCACGCUGGAGGCAGGAAUGGGCUGCCAGGGGGGGCCUUUUGCCCAGGUUUGGUGCGGGGGUGGACAUGCUCUUAUAGAGAUCAUUUUACAAAGUUUUAAGAAAAGGGGUCAUUUGAGCAAUAUUUACUGGAGCCAGGGUCAAAACCGCUAA